GACUUUCGAACCACGUCAGUUUUUUAUCUUGUGAGAAGUAAACUUUCUCAUGUCUGUUUUUCUGCGAGCUAACUUCACCACUUUCUGCAAUUUAGACUCCUUGGAGAGGGUUUCGCUCCUGCAAUCGUAUUUCUUGUCGGUUACUUUCUAUUUAUACUCUUUGGGAGCUGUGCUUAAGUGCCAGCUGAUGUUUCGUUCUUGAUCAGUUAACUUUAACAUCACAACUAGAUAAAGCAAAGGAGAUAGAGCCCUUCAGUAGUUUGAUUGCUUGGAAUAGAAGGGAAACGGCCAACAGAGCUCAUGCCAAGUAAGAGCACCAAAGCCUCUACAGCAGACCAUCAGAAAGGCAGAGAGCCCUUAGAGGAGCCCACCAGUGACAUGGAAGUGGAAAACGAAGGCAACAGGCAGCUUGGUGAAGUAUCUCCAGAAGCAGUCUCAAAUGAGGUGCUUGAUAAUCGAAGUUUAGAAGAGAUUUUGGGCAGCAUCUCUCCUCCCCCACCUCCGGCAAUGACCAAUGAAGCUGGUGCUCCUCGUCUCAUGAUAACUCAUAUUGUAAACCAGAACUUCAAAUCCUAUGCAGGGGAGCAAACUUUGGGACCUUUUCAUAAGCGUUUUUCAUGUAUUAUUGGGCCAAAUGGCAGUGGGAAAUCCAAUGUCAUUGAUUCAAUGCUUUUUGUGUUUGGGUAUCGAGCACAAAAAAUCAGAUCCAAAAAGCUCUCUGUGCUGAUCCAUAAUUCUGACGAACACAUGAACAUCCAGAGCUGUACUGUGGAAGUCCACUUCCAAAAGAUCAUUGACAAGGAAGGAGAUGAUUAUGAAGUCAUUCCUAACAGCAAAUUUUGUAUAUCCAGAACUGCUUAUAGAGAUAAUUCUUCUGUCUACCACAUUGAUGGGAAGAAAAAGACCUUCAAAGAUGUUGGUAUUCUUCUUCGAAGCCAUGGAAUUGAUCUGGACCAUAACAGGUUCUUAAUUUUACAGGGUGAAGUUGAACAAAUCGCAAUGAUGAAACCAAAAGGCCAGACUGAACAUGAUGAAGGCAUGCUUGAAUACUUAGAAGACUUAAUAGGAUCUGCACGACUAAGAGAUCCUAUCCAAACUCUGUGUCGCAGGGUAGAGAUUUUAAAUGAACAGAGAGGAGAAAAGUUAAAUAGAGUUAAAAUGGUGGAAAAAGAAAAGGAUGCCUUGGAAGCCGACAAGAAUAAAGCCAUUGAAUUUCUUUGUUUGGAAAACAGAAUUUUUAAAGAAAAGAAUCAUAUCUGCCAAUUCUAUAUCCAUGACCUCAAGAAACGAAUAAAUGACAAGGAAAUACAGAAAGAACAAAUUAACGAAGAAACAAAAGACAUUAAUGAGAAGAGUAGUAAACUUGCAGAUGAUAUGAAAACCAAGAAUACAACUUUAAAAGAACUGGAAAAGAAACUCAAUAAAAUUACAAAGUUCAUAGAGGAAAAUAAAGAAAAAUUUAGUCAGUUGGAUUUGCAGGAUGUUAAAGUAAGGGAAAAUCUAAAACAUGCCAAAAGCAAGGCUAAAAAGCUGGAGAAGGAACUCCAAAAGGACAAAGAAAAGGUAGAAGAAUUGAAAAAAGUACCUCACAAUAGUGAAAAAGCUAUCAACGAAGCAACAUCGAAGAAAAUGCUUCUUGAAAAGACAAAAGAGAAGGAAGAAGAAAAAUUCAAGCAGGUUAUGGAUAACCUUAAGAAAGAAACACAAGGACUUCAGGAAGAAAAAGAGAGCAAAGAGAAAGAGCUCAUGGAAUUCAGUAAAGCAGUGAAUGAAGCGCGUUCAAAGAUGGAUGUAGCCCAGUCAGAGCUUGAUAUCUAUCUCAGCCGUCAUAAUACUGCUGUGGCUCAGUUAAAUCAGGCAAAGGAGGCUCUGAUGACUACUUCAGAAACUCUUAAGGACAGGAAAGCUGCUAUCAAAGAUAUAGGUAUAAAAUUACCCCAAGAUGAACAGGAAUUAAAGGAGAAAGAGAAUGAGCUUAAGAAGCUGGCAACAGAAGAAUCAGAUGCAAAGAAUCUUGUUCGAAAUCUGCGUCAAAAAGUAGAAGAAGCCAAGAGUUCUUUAGCACAAAGUCGCAGUCGAGGAAAAGUGCUUGAGGCUCUGCUUCAGCAGAAGAGAUCUGGAAAUAUUCCUGGACUGUACGGAAGACUGGGAGACUUGGGAGCUAUCGAUGAAAAGUACGACAUCGCUAUUUCAUCCUGUUGUGGUGCCUUAGACAACAUCGUUGUUGAUACAAUUGAUACUGCACAGACAUGUGUGAAUUUCUUAAAGACAAGUGGAAUUGGAGUUGCCACAUUUAUAGCUCUGGACAAAAUGACUGUAUGGGAAAAAAAAAUUGAAAAAAUCCCAACUCCUGAAAAUAUUCCUCGGUUGUUUGAUCUGGUGAGGGUAGAAGAUGAGAAGGUUCGCCUGGCUUUUUACUUUGCAUUACGUGACACCCUAGUAGCUAACAACUUGGAAGAAGCUACCAGAGUAGCAUUCCAAAAAGAUAAAAGAUGGAGAGUGGUAACACUGCAAGGACAAAUCAUUGAACAGUCAGGAACAAUGACUGGUGGUGGAGGUAAAGUCAUGAAGGGCAGAAUGGGUGCCUCAGUUGUAAUGGAUGUUUCAGAAGAAGAGGUCAGUAAAAUGGAAUCUCAGCUGCAGAGGAAUGCUAAAAGAGCAGUACAGUGUGAAGAAGAGAAAUUACAUCUUGAAGAAACCAUAAAAAAUCUGCACCAGGGUGUUCGGGAAAUGAGAAAUACUUUAGAAAAGUACACAGCAAGUAUCCAGAGUUUAUCUGAACAGGAAAUUCAUCUAAAAACCCAAGUUGAGGAACUUGAAGCAAAUGUAAUUGCUGCUGCUCCAGACAAAAUCAAACAGAAGGAACUGGAAAAAACCCUUGACAGUUAUAAAAAAGAUUAUGAUUGCCUUGCUGAGAAAGCUGGGAAAAUGGAAAAUGAAGUGAAACGGUUACAUAACCUCAUAAUUGAGAUCAAUAAUAAAAAACUUAAAGCACAGCAAGACAAACUUGAUAAGAUCAGCAAAGAAAUAGAUGAAUGUACUUCAGCUAUUACGAAAGCCCAAGUGGCAGCCAAGACUGCAGACAGAAACCUGAAAAAAUCUGAAGAGGCUGUUCUUCGCACAGAAAAGGAAAUUGCAGCAAAUGAAAAAGAAAUGAAAGACUUAAAAGAAGAGCUGACCACACUAGAAGACAAAGCUACUGCAGUUAUAAAUGACUGCAAACAAGCUGAAGCAGCAUUGCCAGCAGUUCAGGAGGAGCAUCACAGUUUACUCCAGGAGAUUAAAACUAUUCAAGAUGAUGAGCAUGCACUUCAAAAGGAAGCUCUUAAUGUUAAGCUGAAACUUGAACAGGUUGAUAGUCAUAUUUCUGCACACCAAUCAAAGAUUAAAUACUGGCAAAAAGAGAUGUCAAAGUUAUCACUGCACCCCAUAGAAGAUAAACCACCUGAAGAACUUCCAGUACUAAGUCAAGAAGAGCUCGAGGCUAUCAAGGAUCCAGAUGCUAUCAAUAAUCAGAUAGCCCUUCUGGAAGCCCAGUGUCAAGAAAUGAAACCCAACCUGGCUGCGAUAGCAGAAUAUAGGAAGAAGGAAGAACUGUACUUGAAACGUGUGUCUGAACUGGAUGACAUUACCAAUGAGAGAGACAAGUUCCGACAAGCUUUUGAAGACCUGAGGAAACAAAGGCUGAAUGAAUUUAUGGCAGGAUUUAAUGUAAUAACAAAUAAGCUGAAAGAAAACUACCAGAUGCUGACUUUGGGAGGGGAUGCUGAAUUAGAACUUGUGGACAGUCUGGAUCCUUUCUCUGAGGGAAUCGUGUUUAGCGUUCGGCCUCCGAAGAAAAGUUGGAAGAAGAUAUUUAAUUUAUCAGGAGGAGAGAAGACUCUUAGUUCCUUGGCUCUUGUUUUUGCUCUUCAUCAUUACAAGCCAACGCCACUUUAUUUUAUGGAUGAGAUUGAUGCAGCACUUGACUUCAAGAAUGUAUCUAUUGUAGCCUUUUACAUAUACGAGCAAACGAAAAAUGCACAGUUUAUCAUCAUCUCCCUGCGAAACAACAUGUUUGAGAUCGCAGACAGAUUAAUUGGAAUUUAUAAGACUCACAAUACCACAAAAAGCGUGGCUACAAACCCCAAAGUUAUUGCAGCUAAAGGACUGGCAGAGCUCAGCGCCCUUGGAUGUGGGGUAACUGAAAAAUAGAGUGGGAGGAACUCCGAUUCUUGGUGCUGCUCUUUAUUUUGAUCUAACGGCAUUUGUCUUGGAGAUUUUUGCCUUUCAGGUUCGUGUUUAUUUGAGUUUGUUAAUAAAGCCAACCUUGAUAAAUUCCAUUUUUUAAUUAUACAGUCUUAUUAAAGCUUAAUUUUUUUAAAACAAGCUAUUUCGUAAGUAUCUAGCUGCCUUUUACUAUUCUGCAGGUAGGCUUUCUGUUUGAGUUCUGCAUUUGUUUUUAAAUGCCUGGUUUUUACUGUGUGUAUUAAAGUAAGCAAAUUGCUUUUAAGUCUCAUCAGUGUUCUGUGAUGUUGCAUUAUAUGGGUUCCAGUAAGGAUACAUGUCUGUUAUGGGGAUGAUGCUUGUGCGUGGUAGGGUUGUAACGCUGUGCCUUCUGACUCUUGUCAUCUCUGUUGGUUUUCAAGCUCCUCAACCUCAAGUUGGACUCAAUGGUCCUUGUGAGCCCCUUCCAACUGAGGACAUUCUCUCAUCUCUUCCAAGCGGCCACUGUGGCAAUGCUAGGUUCUUUAAGGAUAUAAGUUAAUAAUUUCGUAUUUGUAACCGAUGCUCCAGACAUUGAAACUAAAGAAAUAUGUUCAUAAUGAAGGGAAACUGAACAGCCAAUGUACUCUGAUAUUACAUUUUGAAAAUGAAAUUAAUUCUCAUAGGAAAUACAUUUGAGAGUUUUAUUUUUAUACAUAAAGUUACUAUAAAUCCUGGGAAUGUCACUUCUGCUUAAAAAAAUAAUCACUUAAGCUUUUGCUCACAGUUAGAAAUUAAAGAAUGCGUGGUAGGAACCCUCAUUCACUGUGUUCUCUCCAUGUAAUGGAUACAUUUUAACAAACAUCUCUGUUUAACACCACUGGUUUUUGGUAAAUCCAGGGUUGUAGUUCUCCCAAGGAACCAUUAGGGGAAGAGGAAUUAUCUUCCCAAAGAAGACACAUCUCUCUCCCUUGAGCUGCAGAAAGGACAGGAUAAAGUUGUCUUCAGAAAACCACCGUGACUGCAGAGGAGCUGCUCACUCCCAACCCUGACUGUUCCUGACCCGCUCUGGCUCUGCACAAAGUACUUAGAUUUUUGCCUUAACUUCAAUGCCAAACCAGUUAGUGCAAUCACCAGCUCCUCUCCUACCUUCACUAACUUUGAGGGCUCUGUAUCGUUCAGACUGCCGGCCUGCAGCUCUCCACGGCACCUGACUGCUCCACUCCCUCCCCUCCCCAAGCUCAUGAAGAUCUAAAGCUGCUUCACUUUUCUUGUAAGAUGCUUCUCCAGCUCAUCGUACUCUUAAUUUUUGUGGUUAGUGGAUGGGAACGCAUCGAUACUUGUUCCAGGAUCUAUAUUAAGGACACUGCAACAGCAGGGAAGAUCUAGUAGACCACAGCGCUGCCUGGAAGAGUACGAACAGCACAGGCACUCAACCGGGGAGUAGUUUUGUUUCUGGGGCACGUGCACCACCUAAUACACAAUUAAAACUGUCAUAAUCCUUCCCUUCCUUCAACACAUGAGGAAAACCUUAAGGAAAAAGCUACAGAAGAUGACCAAACAAGGGAGUUUUGACAGUAAUUUACAAUAUAAAUAACUGAAAUUCAGAGCGAGAACAUCUGUUGUUUUAUACCCAGUUUAUUUUUAUGUACUUAAAAGAACUAAGGAUUAAAGAUGAAGUAACAUUUAACUCAAAAACCUGCUGUUCUAGGCAGGACAUCCUUGCUUCAUACCAUGGCCUGGUGUUGCCAACGUGAAGCUUUGCCCCCAUGCUUAGGGGUAUGGUUUGACAGGUACAGGGCUGGGCUUGAUCAUCUCAAAGGUCUUUUCCAGCCUAAUGAUUCUAUGGUUCUGACUACUGACCAUCUGCCUUCCUUCAAACCACAAAACUUGUGUAAUGCCUUUGCCAACAGCUGGCAGUUGAAGUUUCCCCCAUUUGUCAUUUUCCAGGGAGAGCAGCUUCCACUGUUUUAUAGAAAUUUAAAAGUACGGCCCAGGUAUUUACACAGGACAGUUUUAAUGAUGGCUUGAAAAAAAAGCUUUUCCUUAGUUUUGGAGCACACCAAAUCAGCACCCUUAAUAAAUGCAAAUAAAUUUAUUCUUAAUAAAAAGAAUAAAUGCAGCACCCUCAUUUCAAGGAAUUUACAAGCAAAAAUGGGAAUUUCCUUUAUGGCUAUUAAGUUUCCAGUCACAAUUCUGUAGGUAUUGUAGCAUUAUUAGCUUUUUAGUGAAUUUUGUGUGCCUCCUGCAUUUCACUCUGACAGUAGCUAAAACUUACUAUUAAGAAGAGUUUGUAAACUUUACACAUUUUCUGCUACUAAGUUUCCUUGCAUAAAGUCUAUUUGAUCCAGAUGCAGGACUUCUGUAAUUGUUUCCAGCCUUGUGACCAGAAUUCCUGCCAGUAAUUCUGUGACAGGCAGAACUGAGGAAACAUUUAUAGUUAAAAGUGGCAGAUAGUCUACACCUGAAGACAUUCUCAGUUACAAAGCAGCAAAAGUAAGUUGGCAAUUUCUGCAACAUCCUGCAUGAGUGAAAGUAACCCUUGGGAAGAAGGACUUGGGGGAGCUGGUGGAUGAGAAGCUCCCCGCGACCUGGGAAUGUGCGCUUGCAGCCCAGAAAGCCAAUUGUGUCCUUUGAGGGCAGAGCAGAGAGAACUCACCUGGAGUAGUGUGUUCAGUUCUGGAUUCCACAACACAGGAAGGCCACAAGGAUCACCAGGGGGGCUGGAGCUCCUCCCGUAUGAGGACAGGCUGAGAGAGUUGGGGUUGUUCAGCAUGGGGGAAAGAUCUUCUAGCAGCCUUCUAGGACUUAAGGGAGCUACAGAAAAGCCAGGGAGGGGUUCUUUAUCAGGUGUAAGAGUUUUACGCUGAAAUAAGGGAAAUGUAGAUUAGAAAUUAGGGAGAAAUGUUUUCCUGUGAGGGUGGUGAGGCCCUGGCCCAGGUCACCCAGGGAAGCUGUGGGUGCCCCAUCCCUGGAGGGGUUCCAGGCCAGGUUGGAUGGGCCUUGGGCAGCCUGAGCCAGUGGGAGGUGUCCCUGCCCAUGGCAGGGGGUGGAACUGGAUGGGCUUUAAGGUCCCUUCCAACCCAAACCAUUCUAUGAACUUCUCUCAAGCUCUCCCUUCCAAUCCAGCAUAGCAUUUCCCUUUACGAAAUGACUCCUAACUCCAUCAGUGAGUACAACCCUCAGAUCCUAAGAUUCCAAAGGAAUUUUAACAGUAAAAAUCCUACCUGGACAGGCUUAUGCUAUGGAUUAAUCUUUGUCCUUUUGCUAUUUUAAAGGUCUUUUUCUACAUACCUGUAAUUCUAAGUUCAGCUGAAAAGCUAAUUUUCCAGGAAGAGUAGAUUAAUGUCCAACCUCACUUCUGCAUCCUUGUUUGUCUUUAUCAAAUUGAGGAACAGCAACCACAGGGUUAACAUCGGACAACCUAAACAUCAUAGAGCAGUGUAGAAGCAGAGUCACUGUCACAGUUUUAGUGUUAUGAUGGAAAGAUCUGAGGUGCUUCUGUCAAUGACCCAAUUUCAUUGCUCAGGGAAGUCAGAGGAUAAAAUUUCUUCAUCUUCCCAUGUAGGCAGGAAACUGGUCUGUGACUUCCACUGCAAGGUUGUACCUAUAAGUAACUCUGCCUUCUUACUUUCGAAAGUCUUAACAAUCCCUUUAGCGCUCCUAAAGUGAAUCUUUAAUUCUCGUUUGUAUUCCAACCCUCCCAAACGACUCCCGUUUCUCCCAGACAACUGUUUGCCCAAUGUAAUUAAUUACAUUACUUCAAACUGUAACUUUAGGAAAAAAAGCAUUGGACAAAUAGGCUUCGGUUUUCUCCUCAAGCGCUCGGGAUGCUGCCACCCUGUGGGGGCCGAGAUGCUCAAAACUGUCCGUGUUUUGGUAAAUCAUGUAAUAGCAGCAGGAUCUGCUGGCGAGCAGACGAAGAGAAUUUUUCACUCAAACCCAAACUCGCCACCACCAACCAUGGAAGAAAGCAGCUGCAGUACUUCCCAUCAUGAAAAGGACCAAAAAGAGGCAUUUACUGGCAGUAAAACACAGACCUUGCCAUAGUGUUUUGUGGUUUUUUUCUGUUUUGAAAACAUAGUUCAUACAAACAUCUGUUCCGCUCCUGCCCCUAACAAUAAAGUUCUAACAAUAAAACCAAUUUUCUGCAGUACAACCUUCACACAGAUAUUUCACUGUGAAGUCAGUAAUAAACGUAAUUUUACUUCUGGCAUUGCAAUUUCCUUAAACCCACCAGUUUAAGCAUUUUACCUCCUCUAAGGAUUCCCUGCCUUUUGUAGUCUUAGUUUAUAUAGUGAAUACAUACCUUGUAUACAGAUAAAUUAGUUAUUUCUUAAUAUUUAUACCAAAAAAAGUUAUUUACCUCGAGCUCAGGUAACUCGAUGCUGACAGCCGGCCGGCGACAAGAGAUUCAGAAAUCUCGCUGUAACUUCUUUCAAAUCAUCAUUUUGACCUUUCAAUGAGAACCGGAGCACAUACACAAAAGACAAAUGCACCACUUUUGCAAGUUUUAACGUUUAUUUCCCCAAGACAGCCUAGCCUGCACUCUACUUGGAUAAAUUUCACAAGCUAGUUUCCGCUGCUUCUAGUUUAAACUUUAACCAUGUUUCUGAUGACAAGGAAUGCUGCAAAAAUACUCUAGUCCAACAAAGAGUUAUGAUCACAAAAUAAUCUUUAUCCAUUCUACAGUGUUUCAGAAUUACCAGUUGAUUUUAAAACACAAGGUAGAUAUAGAUGCUAAUGGUGGCUAAUCUGGUAUGUUUUAUUAUAGCAAACUGUUGUUCAUGCAACACUUGUGCUCAAAGGGGAAGGCACAGCAUUUCCUACAAUGAGCCACCUUAUAAAGAGUUCAUUUUGUACAAAUUUGUAACGUCACCUUUAAUUUAGUGUGCAGAACCUCAAAACUGAGGUAUUACUCCAAUUAUAAAAACACUUGCAACCUUUUUGUGCAAGUUUUAAAAAUACAAAGUUUCUCUCUAAAGUGGCUCAAAAUAGAUUGUUCAUGGCUGCCUACAUCUAAGGUAAAAAGAGUCUAAAACAAUCGGAUUAGGCAUAUUAAAGGUGUUCAAACCAUGACUUGAUUUGUACAUCUAUUCACACCUCUUUUUCGGUCUUUAUUCGGCAGUACAUAUGCACCAAAUUUCAUUUUUAGAAGUUUCCAUAUCAUUUUCAUAGAAAACAAAGUUUGAAAACAAGUAACAUUGAAACACAGCACGGUAUCCUACCACAACGGAAACAUUUGGUUACAGGACUCAACAAAAUCUAAAAAUGAACUAUGCUGUAGAUCACCACAUGCAAAGGUCGUCAUGUUAUCUUUGAAAAUGAAAAGGAUGAGAUUUUAUUACCACAUUUUACUGCUUCCUACUAUUAUGGCAACUUGUGUACUGCAACACAGUCUACCUGAAGGGAAAUGUAUGAUUUUUUUUUCAUGCAAAAAAUCUACAAAUUAGUUUUGAUGAUAUGGAAAGCUUUUCAUAACAUCAAACAUUCAUCUGGUGCAAAUGCACAGGGAAGCCUUCCUGAAAUUCUGACUUUACAAACAACUAAUAAGCCAUACAGGAAAGAAAUAAAAAAUAACUGAAAGAAAAAUAAGAGGGGAAAAAUAAAAAACAAAACAAAACAAAAAAAGAAAAACAGGCCGCAGGAGUAAACCAGAGUCUGCUGCUAAACCGGUCUUUGUGUGUCCAGUGUAAGUUAACACUUAUGAACUCAUUUUGAUGAUUUACUAGGUUUAUUAUCAGCCCCCUGAAGGCGAAUCAAGCUUGCAUGCGUUCACAUACAGCAUCACAACCAUACUCUCGUACACACGCCACUCCAGGACCAGGAGCCUGCUUCAGGACCGAAGAGCCCCGUUUGAAACACGAGCCUGGCUCCACAGCAUCGAGUCCAGACAUUCAUUCCAUGUUGUCCAUUCACACGGUGCUUCAUAGCAAGGCCUGGGCUCAUUCUCCUUGGACUUAUGUGGGCAUCCUAUUCUCUUAUGCUUACAAGGCUUGAUGAUGAUAGCACUGCAUUUCCCCCCAAUUGCUCUAGUAAGUCAUUGUUCCUUCUCAGGCACUGAAGAUCUUUGACCUGUAGCCCUUUAUCUUUGAACAAUCUAAAUAAGCAUUCAGUGUGAA